GCACUGAGUUACUCACUACGCAAUCCGUUUCCAUUUCUAAAACCCUUUUUCGAAUUCCAUUUCCCACUCUCUCGCUUCCAUUUUCGGAAAACCACAUCUCCAUCUCCGGCGAGAUUCCGUUUCUAUCGGCUGCUCGUUUGAGAGGUUUUUUGUUUCUCAGAUUUCGCAUCGGAAGGAAUUUUGGUUUUUCUAGGGUUUGGUGUUGUGUAAUCAGAGUGUUUUGGAAAGAUUUUGUUAGGUUUGUGAAUUUGUCACUUGACAUGUCGUCGUGCUUUCUAUGUGCAGGAACUUGGUAUAGUUAUGAACCUUUAUGCGUUGGUGUUUGGAGAAUCUGUUCUAAAUGAUGCAGUAUGUAUUUAUAUCACCGAACAGGAAUGAUAUUACAAAGAAACAGAUCAAGCAUGACCCUAGCCACCCUGAAGAUGCAAGACUGGUAGAUAGUGGUCAUGGCGGGAGUGGUAAGAAAGUUCUUCUUUGCAUCGAUGUUUAUGUGGAUAACCCCAAUUGUGAUCUUAUAUGGGUUUAACCAUCAUGUGUUUCCUGGUUCGAGCCAACUAUCAUCUUCUUCGCUGACGCUAUUGAGUGGAUUUCUUGCUGUCAUAUCAGUGAAUUUAGUUAUCACGUUCUACAUCAUCAUGGCAGUGAAGGAGCCUUCGGACAAUGAGCAUCGGCCGGAUCCCACCUUCCUGGCUGAUGCCAAGGCCAGCAUUAGCCAAUCUGCAGAAAAGAAAAGGGAUUGAUCCUACCGAAGCCCAUGACAAAGAAGAGUAAGAGCUUAUACAAAUGUUGUCACGAUUUAUUGUUGCCUAUAACUGAAAUUAAUAUCAACUGCACCUAUCUUGUCUGUUUGAUUUGCAAAACGUCCAUUUGGAUUUUAUUUAGCCACACUAGCUGAAUGUUUUAUCCUUCUCCGGAUUGCGUCACGAAAUAUUUAGGUAUGAGAGGAAUGUAUACUUAGAAAACAUAGGAACCAAUGUCAUUUCCCUGUUUUAAUUCCAUUUGAGAACUCUUCCUCGUGUA